UUCAUACUUGAUAUAUGUACAAUACGUACAAUUAAACUCGACAUCAUGAAGUCUGUCGCAACUCUUGCUACUGCGGGCGCUGCCCUCGUCGGUGUCGCUGCUUCAUGCAGCAUUUUCAGCAACGUCGAGGUAACAUUCUAUGGCUGGCCCGACAACUCUCCUCCUGGAGCUGGCACUGCUUACGACUGUGGCGGCCGUAACUUCGUCGCUGGAGGUAGCGGAAGCUUUGACGAUCCCAUCACUAUCGCUACUGCCGAAAGUGAGCUCGACAUUUGUGAGACUGUGUACAUUCCUCUCUUGAAGAAGUACGGUCGUCACGAGGAUGACUGCACUCAAUGCGAGUCGGACUGGAACAACGGCCAGGCUCACAUUGAUAUCUGGACCGGCUCCAACUCUCAGGGUGGCGGUGAUGCUCAGGUUGAUUGCGAGGAUAAUCUCACAUCUGGAGGCCAGUACUCUAUUGUUAGACAACCGGCGAGUGAUCUCGAGGUCGACACCACUCCUUUGUUCGUCCCACCCAGCACUUGCAACACCGGUAACAUCUACGAAGGCAACCAGGCUUCUUGCUAGAUUAAUGAAAGAUUUGGCCGGGGUUAUUUAUUUAAUGCCUUGACAUGACAUAAACAUUUAUGUCAAUGUAAAUAAAUUUUCAUUGUUCAUGUACUUAAUGGGCAUGUAAAUAGCUAUAUAACGACUCUUCUUAUGAAUAAGAUGAUGAAAAGCUGCAAAAGCGGCUUUUUGAUAUUGCUCAUACUGAAAACCUAAGUGUAGAAGCGUACCAAGUUCCAAUUAUAGUGUAGAAUGAUGACGGAAUACUUAGUAUUUAGCAUUGACGAAGUCUUGCUUUUCGAGGUCUUGCUUUCCAGUAUAGGCUCCUAGUUUAGGCUGUGCCAAUCGUCCCUUUUG